GUGCAAGGGAAAUCCUGGGCGCAGCCGGCGCUGAUGGCCAGGCCCGAGGAGUCUCCACCGAGCCCAAAGAGAAGGACAUCCUUGCAGUCCUUGCAGUCAGCGAUGGAGCAGGGUGCGCUCACAAGGAUGCCAAACACCAUUUUUGACAGCCAGCGCACCGACACAACCGCACAUUUCUGCACCCGUCUUUGCCUCUUCUGGCUGGUUUCCGGACCUGUCACCAUCCUGAAUCUGCUAGUGGGCAUCGCACCACGAGGCAAGCCGGAAUGGCAGACGCCGGUGCGCUGCGGCGCGGUGCUGGUGUGCAGCGUUGCUUGGGCCCUUUGCGUGUAUGCAGCAGCCACGAGCCACAGCACAGGCUUGCAGAGGGCAUGCAGCCUCAUGCAUGUUGUCGAAGCCUCACUCUGCACAUAUCUCCUGCUACGGGGAGCAUGGAGUAACCGACUGCAAGAGCUAAUGGACCAUGUGAACAAGGCAGUGGGCUCACCGGCGUCCAGCUCCGCUCUGGCUGCCGAGAUGAAGUGGCAGUUGGCCACCGUCACCGUCUGCUUGUUGGGCUGGCUCGUCAGUUAUAUUGCAUGGGUCCGACUUGGCGGGAUGGCUUCGUGGCAAGCCUGCGCAGCAUCUGCCUUCCAAGCCCUUUACCGGGUGUCCUGGGCCCUGGUUCUUUCAUUCCUCAACCGCUCCCUCUUGGUUCUGCUGGACUCGCACUCACGAAUGUUUGCAAUGAGCCCGACGGAUGUUGAUGCGGCCUACGAACGUUGGACCUGCAUCGCCUCCUUCAGCGGGCAGAUCACGAACGAGAGCAGUCUGGUGUACGUCCUCUUCCUUGUGAUGGUGCUGCUGGGCAUGUUCCCACCAGUGGCCGCGAUCUUUUUCCCGGACAGUGGAGAGAUUGCCGGCAUUUGCUCUGAUUGGCUGAUGCCGCAGAUAGUUUCCAACGUCGUGCACGCCUUCCUCGCUGGCCGCAUGCUUGCGAGCGCCGUGACCGUUAGCGAGAAAUGCCAGAAAGCCGUUGCCUUCGUGAACAGCCUGCAGGGAUCCUUGCCCGCACAGGCGCGCCUUGAAAACUGGCUGCUGGUCGCGCACAUGGCGCGAACCGACGCCGGCAUCUUCAUCGGGGGCGUUAAGAUGACCAUGUCCUGGGCAGGCAAGGUGAAAUCACGUGCAAUGAGUGUGCUGCUGCUGUUGGCGCUGCGUUUCCAAACCUGGCCAGGAUCCCACGUGGCAGAACUUGCGAGGCAGGUGGAUCGCUUCUUGCACGCACUGCUGAAUUGGGCUGCCUAA